UGCUGUGAGCUUUGACGCUGCGCGCGAAGGAAAAACGGUGCAAGUUAACAAACAGAAAUGGCGAGGAGGUGCGUUUUAGGUUGUGGUUCUCCCGAAACCCUUUUCCCAAUCCCCAAAAUACCUUGGUUGCGGUCACGAUGGCUCGGUUUUUUGCAUUUCGAGGAUGGAGGGAUAUCAGAGAGAUCGCGGUUGUGCUCGAAGCACUUCACACGCGAAUGCUUCAAGAAUUGGACACAACACGAAAUGGGUUUUGUCAAAUAUCUGUCAUUAACAGAUACGGCUGUCCCAUCAGUCUACACCGUUGGUUCCUCACAAAGUUUGAAGCCCCAAACAAGAGAUGUGGCAUGUCAAUGUGAUGCACCAUAUUUGAAGAGCGUGUCGCUCCAAACAAUAAAACAAAAGCUGAAAAGACGGAGUAAAGCGAUUCAAGUAAAUCCUUUUGGACACUCUGUUGGCAUCUAUUGUUCCGAGAGUGUUGGCACAUGUCUUGAACCUUCAUGUUUCACAUCAACACCAAUUAAAAGGCCACAAAUUGAAGACACCACAAUCAAUGACAGCUCAACAUGCACCUCAAAGCAAUUGUCAGAUGUCACCUAUGAGCCUGAUAUCGCUCAAGAAGGCAGUGAAAAGUCUGUUCACACUGCCUCCACAAAACACAGUGGAACAGCCAGCCAUUCAUCUGAAAUACACCAGCUGGAAAUCUGCAUUUGUCGGCGGCAGUAGCCUUCAGUGGAGCAUCUUGCAUACAGAUCCACAAGGUCUUUCUCCAGCCAGCAAUCUUGUGGCACUGGAGGUCUGAACAAAAUACAAUGUUGGAGAGGGCAAAGGCAUUCUGAAAAUACUGUUGUCUUGGAUGGUGACAUGAGAGCUGAUUCAACAGGUUUGUGAAUUUUGCGUCAUAAAUAAUGAUUUUCAGUUUUAUUUACUCAUUCAAACCAAUAUGUAUGCAUUCUGAAAUGUCUGCAAACAUUGGAUAAAAUGUUGUACAAUGUGACAAGCUUGCUUAAAGGGAUAGUUCACUCAAACCUCUAAGACUAAGACCAUCUUCAGAACACAAGUUAAGAUAUGUCUGAUGAAAUCCAAGAGUAUUCUUACCCUCCAUAGACAGCAACACAACUGAAAUGUUCCCAGACCCAGAAACUUAGAAUGGACCUCGAUUAAAAUAGUCCAUGUAACAACAGUGGUUCAACCGUAAAUAACAACUUUACAAUUCUUCUCCUCCUCAUCCCGUCUGCUGCGGCAUAUUUUACUCUGUAGUGUUGCUAAUUUACUCUAAUAUAAAUGCUAUGUAUUCACACAAAGACCAGACAUUAGUCAGUUGGCUACACAUUAAAAUGCACAAAUUCACAAAUUUUCGAGAAGCUUUUUUUGUCAUCUUAUCCUCUUUCACCCAAUAUAUUUACUUGAAGUACAACUGAGAUUUUAAAAUAAAUAUUUUAAUAAUUAACACAUUUGCAUGUUCACGGUUGUCUGACAUUGGUUAUGGUCACGACAUGCAGGUAAACAAAAUACACCAAUAUUUCAUUUUCUUAGUAGGUUUUUUAAUUUUUUAAAUGAUUUAGUUGUUUAAUAAUAAUUAUUUAAAUCAUAAAAUGUUCGUUUUUCAUUCAACUCAAACCCCCUGCAGUUCCUACACAAACCCAGUUUGGGAAACCUUGAUGUAAAAUAAUGUUUAAAGCACAUUAUGUGGUAAUAACAAAUGGAAUAUAUUUUCUUACUCUUUGUAUUUUUAUAUCAAUAUGGUACAAGAUUAUCCUAUUUAAAUCAAUAUGAUAAAUGCGUUAGGACAAAAGUGAUCUAAAAGCAAUCUGAUUAUAUUACCUAAAAUGUGUAAUGUAAUGGAUUAAGUUGGAUUAAAAUAAAAUUUUUGUCAUGUAAUUUGGAAUCAGUGAAGGAUUACAUUUAGUAAAUAAUCUACCAAGCUCUGUCUGCCAGAUGUACAGUAUAUUUAAACAGUUCUAGGCUGCUAUUCUAUUCUAAAUCCUAUUAAAAUGUAAUUAAACACCGGUUAAUUCAAUAUGAUAUAGUGUUACCAUUGGGAGACAUCCAGAUGCACUCGAGGGUGAACCUGCUUCACGUCCAGGGUGACCGUUGGUACUCUCCGAAGUUAAUGGUUCAAACAUAGGGCCUGAUUCCUGCGACAGAAUGGUCCUCCCUGUACUCCUGCUUCUCCUAUUCUCCAAACAAAAUUCUUCUCGCUGGAACUGGUGGUGUGUCAGGUGGUUAGUUUUCGACAAUUGACUGCAAACAGAUCUGCCUCCAUGAAUGAAACGCCUACUUUACUACAUCCAAUCAGGUCGCAGUAGAAAAAAAUAAGCCCUGCCCUCUGUUUUUCUUAUUCAAUAUGCCGUUUCUCUCGGAAGUACGUCACAAUAUGGAAGUAAAGUUGCUCACAACUUCCGGUUCACGCGGACUGAUACUGGUAGGUUUCUGUGGGAAAUACGAGCCUGUCGCCGUUCAUCUUUGCGUCAUUACGUCACGUCUGUAUACCUAAAGGAGUCCCAGCUAAUAGCCUAUAUCGCAUGUGAGGAAGCUGCAGGUGGCGGAUCAUUUAUAGCCUUUUAUCACAGCAUCUGAAAUUAAACUAAAUCAUAUUGAUGGUGGAUUGUAAUCCAGAAAGGUCCAUACAAGAAUCAUCAGUGACAACUGGAGAUUCACCUGUAGUCACCAGUAGUCUACAGGUAACGCUAAUACACACUAUAUACAUGUCGUCAGGCAAUGCUGGUUUUUAACAUUAACAAUUUGAGAACAAAGUAUAACAAUAAUAAUAAUUUGUACGGUUUGAUGUGAUAUGAGCUAAGCGAUUGUUAAGAUUUAAUCACCAGUGGUACCGUGAUGCUUUUUUUUUUUUCUUAGUUGGUCAGAACAAAAGUGGCAGACUCGCUUGUUCAGAUGACAUUUUCUGGUGAAAAUUCUUAUUUAGGUCAUAUUUCCAAGACGUAAAAUCUGUGAUUCUGAAGUGCAGUAUCCACACCGGUGCAGUCAGGGUCACCGUUAGGGGGGAUGCAGAGUAUGCCAGGCAUAUGGGCCCAGACCGCUAGGGGGCCCCAAAUUACGACUUUGGUUAUUUAUUUUUUAUUUGAGCGCGUCUUCUAGCACUUUAAAGGACAGAUACACCUUGCCUUUUUGUUUUUUUUUUGUAUGGCUGUUCAUAAUAUUUUUUUAUUAAAUGUGACCAAAUUUCAUUGUGAAUGAAUGACAUUCUUGAACUGACCCGCAUGUGCAAAAGAACAAGAAGACAGCAUGUCAUACUGAAGUAAACAUGGAGGCCACUGCAUUUUAAUAGUUUACCCAAAUUUUACGCGUUUACUCUUUCAUUUAUAAGCUGAUGUUCCUCGCUUUUAUUCGCUUUAUAUGCAUGUGCGCAUUUAUAUGCUCACUCUCCUCACGACUCCUGCAGCUGAUCUGAGAUGCGACUGUUGUUCGACACACUGCAUUGUUCAAAGUAAAAAAAAAAAAUUUAAAAAAAAAGUUAAACUUUGAUGUUAGUUUUAAUAAAUAAAAAAAAUGGUAAAAACAAGAAAAUGUAUCUGUCAUUUCGUUCUUUUUGCUGUAUCGAAAGCUUCGGCUUAGGCCGAACCGUGACACCACUGUGAGUCCUAUCGAAACGAACUCACUGAUCUUGACUGAAUAACGUAUGAUUAAUCUAUAGCCUAUUCCAUUUAUACAGUGAAGAAUAUGCAAUGUUAUUUUACAUUUGAUUAUUUAAUUUCUGUACUUGGAACACCUACAAAUCUAAAAACCCAAAACGUCUUUAAUUUGUAUCUUUGUUCUAUUUAUUUAUUUGUGCUAUUGCUUGUAAUUUGUUCAUUUGUUUUUCUUAAUUUAUAUUGAC